GGUGCUUUGAAUUUCCUGCCUGCGAUUCGUCGUCGUCAUUCUUCGUAUUCUGCUCCAAGAUGACCGCGAAAAGCCGAAAUGCGUCGUACCUCCUACUUCGAAAAAGAACUAAUAGCCAUGCUCUUUCUGAACGUAAACCGUGAAAUAUUUUCGCGUUGAAAUCCUUGUAGAUGCUCCUACUGCUAAUGCAGUUGCGCCACGUAGCUCUUUUGGCUUUUUUCUUUUGACAAAGACCCAUCCUCGAGCUGAGCUCGACUACGAAAAUGACACCUGAGGAUCUAUUGCAACGCGUCGGGGCGACAAGUGGUUCGCAUCUUGCUCCAACAGCACACGAUGCUGCUCCUGCCGUCGCCCACGAUACCUUCGCGACCGCGCACCAUGCUUCCUGUAAGACGGCGUUUUGUGGUGCCUUGCCGGUCGGAAUGGGCGUUGCGGGUGCAAUCAUGAUCAAGGACGCGCUCACGGGGCACGAUCACGCUGCUGACGCGGCUGCGAACAAUCCGCCACCGUUGAGUAUUGAUGGUCGAGUUUUUUCAGACAAGUUUCAGUUUGUAUACCGUAGUUUUUGAGUGUGUCCUCGUGACACACAAUUCUUGGCGAUGAUGCGUCGGUUGGAAUUGGAAAUUAACAAUCUAUUCCAACAUAGUACAAAAAUGAAAAAUCCUUUACAGGUCUGGACCUCCCGUGCGCAAAGGUAAAGUGCGGUGACUUCGCGAAGCAGACCGACUCGUGGCAGAAGGCGUUCCAGGCCAAGUGCGAGGCCGAGUUUGACUUCAAACAAGAGUGCAAAGCCCAGCUGGAGCUGCAACCAAAGAACAUCAAACCAAGCGAGGCCUUCUGUUCGGACGAGUACUCGGCGACCGGAUUGGCGGUGGUGAUGAAGAACACUGGAGAUAGGAUGAGUAAGAAGGAGGACGGUGAACAGAACAAAAAUUCUGCGUCCGAGUUAUCGGAACAGGUUGAAGAGUCAGAGGAGAGAAACCAAAACGAAAACACGAACAAGCAGAAGCUCGGUUUGGGCCAGCAGGCAAUUGAGGACUACGGUGCGUUUUUUGACCACGGCGGCCGUGCAGCAACAACUGCGAACUUGGAGGCGUCAACGGCCGCCAGAUCAUCAACAUCUUGCAGUAGCACAAAAUCGACAAAAGCGACUUCGUCGUUGAAGCGGGGAAGUAGAAACAUGACUUGCUGCACGCCGUUCGAUUUCUUCGCCUAAAAAUUGCGGAAUCUGAUGAUUUCUUUUUGGGCUUGUUGGAGUCGUGGAAGCCGCUAUGCUGUAUGAUUUCUUCUGUCGUGGAGUAGUUGUACUGGGUACUUGCCGUGCUGCUUCUUUGUUGUGCUUCGUGUAAGGUGCUGGCCCUCAUGGUUCUGUCAUUCCACCUGGCAUAUCUUUUUCUGCAGGUGCACCUGAUGCCACGAGCUACGCCUUCGUAGAAGAACUGAAAUGAAAUUGUAGGAUUUGCCUACUUCGUCCGUACGGUUACGUAUACAACAUGCAGAUUUUUAUGCUGCUGGUCUGAGUGCCCUAGUAGAAGAUGACAUGUACCAAACAGAUGAAGGACAGAAUGAAAAUCACAAUAUAGAAUUAAUGUAUUCGCAUUCUCUACCCAUAAUUGUGAUAUUUACGCAUAGGAUCUUUAGGAAGAAUCUUUAGAAAGAAUCAAUACGAAUAUUAGAGUUAAAUCAGACCGAAUUUGAUUCAAUUGUUCCUGUAAAAUCAUACCUCUCGUCCAGAAGCAGUGUAACACUAAAAGCAGCAGCUGGCGCGUGUUGUUUCUCGGAUUAACCGAUGUCCGCAGACGAGCGCGCGGAGAAUGACCAUGAUUGAGAAGGAGACGAUACUUCGAGCAAGAAGAUGUCUCUGUGGUCUCUCACUCUCUUACUUAGACUUAGUAAAGUUUUGACUUUCAACAUAUCUUCUACGUGUUAUCAAUGACAGUCACAGUCAGAGCAGCAGAAGCGCUAUGGAAGGCGUGUUGCAGUCGGUCAC